AUGCCACGACGAAGCAAACUUGCUAGACAUUUAGCCCGAAUUCGCCCUCAAGGAAAAAAAAUUCGUUCCGAAACUGAAAUUUCCAUCGAUCAUAAUAUUGUUUCAGAAGAUGCCAGAGUACUUGGUCCGUCCGGAUUAUCUGUAGCAGUAGAUCCUCCUACUAUUAUAACGGAAAGCGAAAAUGCUGCUAUAACGGAAAGCGAAAAUGCUGCUAUAAUGGAAAGCGAAAUUGCUGCUAUAAUGGAAAGUGAAAAUGCUGCUAUAAUGGAAAGUGAAAAUGCUGCUAUAAUGGAAA